UUAUAUAAUUGGAUGGUCUUUGCCUUAUUGAUCUUUGAGAUCGUCACCUUUAUAGUCUUGGUGAUGCCAUUACCAUUCACUUGGAGAAGAUCGAUUUUCAAAUUCUUGUCGACUUCACCUUUGAUUGCCAAACUUCAAUAUGGUCUUAAGAUCCUUUUCAUCUUUGUUGGUGUUUUAUUUGUAGAUUCGGUUCAGAGAAUGACCAAGAUCCAUAACGAAGGACAAGCAGCACGUGAACAGGGAGCAGGAGUAGGACGAGAUUUAAGGAGUGAAACCGAUUGGAGAAGUCGAAAGUUUCUCAGUGAACGUGAUAUGUAUAUGAGAGGCUUUACACUUUUCUUAUCUUUGAUUCUUUCAAGAACGUUUGGAUUGAUUUUGGAUUUGAUUAAAGCUCAAGAAGAUUUAGCUGUUUUAAAGAAACAAACACGUGAAAAGGGAUUUUCUACUGAAGUUGAAAAGAAGUAUAAACAAAAGAUUGAAGAUUUACAAAAAGAACUUGAUGUGAGUUGA